UUCGAAUAUAAUAUUCCGGUUGUGCGAGAUGUGCGGGAGUGCGAAAUCUAAAAAGGAAGAUAGGAAGCUCCUAAUAAUACGAAGUGAAUGGCAUAAAUUUGCCAAUUCUCUAUUACAGGAAGAACCGCGGGCUAACGUUGAGGACAAUGGACUUGAAGUGGAAAUGUUACCGGUGGAUCAAAACAUUCUCCAUCGACUGCGAUCGCGUGAAAAUAAAAGAGCCGCCAAUGAACAAGCCUUACAAAAGAGAAUCAACGAUUUGGAAAUAGAAUUAUGUCAUGCGCAAGACUCCGGAAUCGACGGCGAUUUUCAUACUCUCGUCAACGAUGAUUCUGCCGGAUUCGAUAGUGACGGCGUUCUGGACCGUUCGGAGCGGGACGUUUCUAAAGCUGAGCGCUGUGAUGCUGCAUCUACGGCUCAUGAUACUGAAUCUACGGCUAAUAAUUCUGCAUGCACAGAACUUGAGCAGGCCCGUGCAAAUCUAUCAACUGAGCAGCAAUCGAAUGCGGAGAAAGAAGAUCGUAUAAUUUGUUUGUCAGCGGCACUAGAAAAAACGGUAGCUGAACUCAGGAUCGCUCGCUCAGAUCUUAUUGUUGCAUCUACGGCUUGUGAUGCUGCAUCUGCGGCUCGUGAUUCUGCGCGCACAGAACUUGAGCAGGCCUAUGCAAAUCUAUCGGCUGAGCAGCAAUCGAAUGCGGAGAAAGAAGAUCGGAUAAACUAUAUU